UGUCGCGCAAGUCAUCGCAGAGAAAUUUCUUACCUCGGAGGAAAUAUCAUGACUUCUGACGGUUUUCGCGACGUGGAAACUGAGUAGAAAAUUCUGAAAGAAUACUGAGCAAUACUAAGUAUUCAGAUCGUUAUGACAAUUUAAACAAGAUUGAGACACGUGUCGUUUUAAAGAAUGGCAGAAGGAAGACACGGACAAAUCCAAAUAAUUUUAUAAUUUUUAACACUUAUCUCACAAUAAUAGAAUGCGAUAACAAAACUUAAACAAGUUCAACGCGAAGAACUUUUAAUAUUUAUAUUUAAAAAUAAAAAGAAAGAAGGGACAAACCAAAGAGCACAGUUAAAAAAAGGAAGAAUCAAAAGACGUAAUAAGAAGAAAGACAAAUAUUUAUAUUAAGAAAAAAGAGAAAACACCAGUUCUCCCAUUGAAAAACAUCAACAUUAAUGGUUCUGUCGUGGCAGUAGAUAACAAUUCAGUAAAUUUAGAAAGUGAACUUGAUUUGUAUCGACAUGGCAACUGGCGAUGAUAGACGUGUCGCUCUAAUAACAGGUAUCACCGGGCAGGAUGGUUCUUACUUGGCAGAAUUCUUACUGGAGAAAGGAUAUGAUGUGCAUGGCAUCAUCAGGCGGGCCAGUUCAUUUAACACCGCUCGUAUUCAGCAUCUUUAUGCCGAUCCAAAAUGCCAUCGACAGGGUAAAAUGAAACUGCACUAUGGUGAUAUGACAGAUUCCAGUAGUUUGAUUAAAGUCAUUAGCGCGAUACAGCCGACGGAAAUUUACAAUCUCGCAGCGCAAAGUCAUGUUAUGGUAAGCUUUGAGGUAAGCGAAUAUACCGCAGAAGUAGAUGCAGUCGGAACGGUAAGGAUAUUGGACGCAAUACGUACAUGUGGUUUAGAAAAAUCUGUAAAAUUUUAUCAUGCAUCAACAUCUGAACUUUAUGGCAAAGUAAUGGAAGUCCCACAAACCGAAAAAACUCCAUUUUAUCCACGUUCUCCAUAUGCUUGUGCAAAGUUAUACAGCUUCUGGAUUGUUGUAAAUUAUAGAGAAGCAUAUAAUAUGUUUGCGUGCAAUGGCAUACUGUUCAAUCACGAGAGUCCACGAAGAGGAGAGAAUUUUGUCACGAGAAAGGUGACAAGAUCUAUAGCGAAAAUACAUUUAGGUCUACAAGAUGUGCUUGAAUUAGGAAACUUAGAUGCAAAGCGAGAUUGGGGCCAUGCAAAAGAUUAUGUGGAGGCAAUGUGGUUGAUGCUCCAACAAACGCAACCAGAUGAUUAUGUCAUAGCAACGGGAGAAACACACAGUGUGAGAGAGUUUGUAGAAAUAGCAUUCCAAUAUGUAGGUCGCACAAUAAAGUGGCAAGGUGAGGGCGUGACUGAAACUGGGCAAGACGCACAAACCGGUCAACUAUUAGUUCGUAUAAAUCCAAAAUACUUCCGUCCAACCGAAGUGGAUGUACUUCUGGGUGAUUCAUCGAAAGCAAGAAAUAAAUUCGGAUGGAAACCGACUGUUACAUUUAAGGAACUCGUAAAAGAUAUGAUGGACUCUGACCUGGAAUUAAUGUCCAAAAAUCCAAACGCUUAAUAGCAUUAUACUUGAAUUGUGAUACGACUAGACGCAUUUAUUAUUCUUUUUCGGUAUGAAGCGACAGUAUUUAAAAAUUUAUAUAUUUUGUAAAUAUAUAUAUUAUAUAAAUAUUUUUAAAAUGUUUUCGAAACUCUUAAAAAUGAGUAAGAUUUUUAUUAAAUACUGUAAUCUAGUAGCAAUAAUAUAUUAUACAAAUCGAUACGUGAGAUGUUUAAAUGUUCCUGACGUGAAACAUCCGAGAGCGUAUGGAAUCACUAAUAAUUACAGAAAAAGGCAGAAUGCAGCACAGAGAGUUACGAUGAUUUUGUUCAAUAAAAAACAACGAAAAUUAUACUAAUAAAGGCGUGCACAAAUAAAAUCAUUAAUAUAAAGUUUUAUUUAUUUAGUAAUUUUAUAAAUUAAAGUUAACUGUAGAUAUUUAAUGAAUGUUUAAUUAUUAAAUUUGUAAUUGGUUACAUUAUCUACGUCUGUUGUAUUAUUAACUGUUUAUUGCUGCAUUUGCACUUUUUUAUUUUGAAAUUCUUGGGAGGAUUCACAAGUUUAAAGUUAUACUUUUGGGAACUUUUGUAACGUACAUUUCACCCUUAUUCUAUAUGUACCUAACUUGUCUGAAAUACAUGUUGAAUGUAUAAUUUAA